AUGAGAAAAGAAACUCAAGUAUCUUAUCCAACACUUCGUCUUGUUAAAUUUUUUAUUGAACUUCAACAAAUUUUAUUAGUUGAUUCACCUUAUGUUCGAAAAGAUCCACUUUUAGCUUUUUUGCACGUAUUUAUCGUUCAUUACGUACUAAUUUAUAUGAAAAAGAAAGGUCGAACAGAUUUAACAUUAGAAUAUCGUAAAAAAACUUUAGCUAUUCAAUUAAAAUCACCAGCACGUUAUGAUGAAGCACUUCUAUAUGUUAAACGUGCUUUACAAAUUGAAGAACAAACAUUACCAAUAAAUCCUUCAGAAUUAGCUACUAUAGACCAUCGAGUUGGUACUGUUUAUUUUCGUCAAAAUAAUUAUGAAAAAGCACUUGAAUAUUACGAUAAAACAUUAGAAAUUGAAGUUGCUUAUUUACCUGAGGAUCAUUCAACUGAAUCUUGUCACAACAUUUGA